AUGAACUUAACGGAUGAGCUGAGGCAGAAGGGACGGACCCAGCUGCUUAGCAUAUUCAAACGGUUCAAGGGGGAUAAGUGCCUUUUUUUUGAGAGGUCUUUGCAUAUUAUUCUGAACGUGGUCCUGAAGGACGAUGACAUUAAGAAGGAACGUAUAGAGCAUGUAUUCCUUCUGGACAAGGAAACAGAAGUUAACGUGAGCAAGGUGGACAAGGUUAAUAACAUUCUAUUCUUUUUGCGUCCGAAUUUUUAUGAAGUGGAAAAUGUCUUUAAGAUAAUUGAAAGGGUUGCAAAAAAUGAGAGUGACAAAUUCGCAAAGGGCAAGCUUGGGGGGGAUGACUCUUCCGGGGGUGGUACAAGAAAAUAUGCCUUGGUCUUCAUUCCAUAUAUGACACCCAUGUGUGAGGCGGAAAUCUUGAAACAUAAUCUUUUGGAUAUCCAUAUUCGCGUGAUUGUCUUUCCUCUUUACUUUUUCCCACUCUAUAAUGAUGUCUUCAGCCUCGAAAUAAAGGGAUUGUACAAGGAGUAUUACGUGGACAACGACUUCACCAAUCUCCUAAUGUGUUCAUUUAGUUUUAUGUUUCUACAACACCUAUUUAAUGGAGUCUUCAAGAAUAUUAAAUCCUUAGGACAGUUAUCACACUCUAUAGUAGAACAACUAAUACAGCUGAGGAAGGAAAUUGUGGCGACGAAUUUCGACCUACAGGCACCCAACAAGUUUGAUGAAGAUUUCCUAGACGUUAUUACCAAUUUGCAAAAUGUGCAGGACAUGAGACACUUCCGAGAUUCAGGGCAACCACUGGCCAUUCCACUCAAGUACGCUCUGCAUAAAAUUUUUCUCUCGGAGCGCUCCAGCCGUGGAAGGACCAGGAGGAGCAAUCACCCAACCAUCGUGGAGCAUAAAGGGCUCUCCACAGGGAAAACUUCCCUUGAGAAGAGGAAAAAUAGUCGAAAUAAAUUUCAGACGAGGAGUUGCGCGGAGGGGAAGGAGGAAGGUGACAACAGCGACGACAUGCACGAUGGUGAUAAGGAUGACGAAUACAAUGAUAAUGAUGAGGAUGGUAGUGAUGAUGGUAGUGGUGAUGAUGGUGAUGGUAGUGAUGGUGGUGAUGAUGAUGGUAGUGGUGAUGGUAGUGAUGACGAUGAAGAUAAUCGUGACGGUGAAGUGAGCAGCGACCAUAAUGGUGAUAAGAGUGACCAUCUCGGUGCGCCGGAGGGAGACUCCCCCGGGGGGAUGGAGGAUCCACCAAACGGGGUGGAAGGAAAAGCACACAAGGAAAAGGAACACGCACCUCGGGAAUCGACUGGAAUGCACAACGAAAAGUCGGUUAAGAGGGAAAUGCUGUCCCAGGAAAUGUUCGUACAAACAGGGGCAGUGUCCCCAAGCGAACAAGUAAAUAUCGACUCUGCUUCUGAGCGAUCAAGGAAUUCCACAAGUAGAAUUAAAAGAAGAAACCCCUCCAACAAUGCCACGGACGGCAAUAAAAGUUCAAGCUCCUUUGAGGAGGGAUUGCCACCCAGUAGGGGGCGUAAAGCAGGGCAGAUAAAGGGAGCCAUCCAUAGGGAAAGGAGAAAGGGAGAAUCACGUGGCCGUCCCUCCAAAGGGAAAACCAAAAAGGUCAUUGAAUCAGUGAGGAUGAAAAAAACCGACUCAACGGAUGAGGCGCAUGUUACGGAGGAAGAUUACGAGAGCAGCUCGGCGAGCACCGGUCCCAACUUUAUGGCCACGGAAGACAAUACCAACUUCUUAUUGAAAAAGAAGGAUAAGCAGAAGAUGGAACGGAAAAAUAAAAGGGAGAAAAGCUACCUACAGGAGAAACUAGGUAUAGCUAACUUUAACUUCCUCCUUAACGUAUCCAACAAAAUUGAUUCGUGCAUAAUCAUUGACCGAAAAAUUGAUAUGGUUACUCCCUUUUCUACACCGUUCACGUAUGAAGGGCUACUAGACCACCUGUUUGGUAUAUCCAACUUACAAAUAGAGGUACCUCGAUACAUUAUUUUUAACGAUAUGAAUAAUCCAGGUGGGGAUAUGAAAGGGCAGUGGAAAGAAGAGCAUAGCCAACAGAACAAGGAUUCCCUAAAAAACAUGAUGGUGAGAAUAAAAUUGAAGAACUCGGUGGACGUUCUUUACAACGACAUAAAGGAUCUAAGCCCAAACCAAGUCGGGUUGUACCUUCACAACAAAGCUAGCGAAAUACAGAAAACAUAUAAGGAAAAGGAUACACUGAAAGACAUAGAAGAGAUAAACAAGUUCUUGAAAAAAAUUAAAAUGAAGCACUUUGAACACAACUCCUUGUCCACUCAUGUCAACCUCGCUUCCUUCAUCCUAACGACAAUGAAGAAAGAACCCAACUUUAAUAAGCUCAAAUUGGAGGAUGAAAUAAUUCAAUUGAACAAUACAUCCAAUAGAACCACACUACAUAACAUCGUCCAACAGAUUCAACUUCUUAUAUACUCCAAUGAAGAUAUCCAUGAAGUGUAUCGACUAUUAUGUUUGUUCUCUGUCGUAACAAAUGGCUUUAGUGAGAACUACACGAAUGAAGUGAAAAAGGAUAUCCUUGAACAUUAUGGAAUUGAUGAACUCAGUCGUAUAAAUAAGUUGCAUUUUUGUAAUAUUUUAAAACAUCAACCGAAGCAGAAAUUCAUUUGGAGCCAUCUGAGAAACCACUUCAAUCUACUCUCCAAUGAGCACAACGACAUAUCGUACGUUUGUAAUGGAUAUGCUCCUCUUUCUGUCAGAUUAAUUGAAUACAUGGGGAUAUUAAAAAACAACAUGCAGGCUUUCCCGGAGAUAUUUAAUCUCCUCAGCGGGCCUACCCUCGAUAUUGUACAGAAUCCCGUUGGCUAUGGCAAGUUUGCCUUGGACAAAGGGAAGAAGGACACUCCGUGGGGGGAGAAUAACCCUGACGGAGAGAAGGAUGUCGUACUCCUCUUCUAUGUGGGUGGCAUUUCUUAUGCCGAGAUAGCUGCCAUCCGCAAUCUGAAUAAGCAUAGCCAGACCUACCACUACCUGAUAUUCACCACGGAGAUUAUCAGCUCCAGGCGGCUCCUGCAGUCUCUCGCCGCACCCUAG